AUGGGCAGACCACCUUGCUGUGAUAAGAUAGGAGUGAAGAAAGGACCAUGGACUCCGGAAGAAGAUAUCAUUUUGGUAUCAUAUAUUCAAGAACAUGGUCCUGGGAAUUGGAGAGCUGUGCCUACUAAUACAGGGUUGCUUAGAUGCAGUAAGAGUUGUAGGCUGAGAUGGACUAAUUACCUCAGGCCAGGGAUCAAACGUGGUAAUUUUACCGAUCACGAGGAGAAGAUGAUAAUCCACCUCCAAGCCCUUCUAGGCAACAGAUGGGCUGCCAUAGCUUCAUACCUACCUCAGAGAACAGAUAAUGACAUUAAAAAUUAUUGGAACACACAUUUGAAGAAGAAGUUAAAAAAGCUUCAAGCGGGGCAAGAAGGUCAGUCUAGAGAUGGGUUAUCAUCAACAGGUUCUCAGCAAAUUUCUAGAGGCCAGUGGGAGAGAAGGCUUCAAACUGACAUCCACAUGGCUAGGCAAGCUCUAUGCGAGGCCUUGUCUCCUGAGAAACCAAGCAGCUUAUUGAAUGAGUUAAAACCCUCCAGGGCAUAUGAAAAACAAGCUCCAGCAUCACUCUAUGCAUCAAACACUGAAAACAUAGCUAAGUUGCUCAAAGGUUGGAUGAGAAACGGACCUAAGCAGUCCCUCACAAAUUCUACGACUACUCAGAAUUCCUUCAACAAUAUGGCUGGAGCUGAUUCAGUGUCUUGUGAAGGGAAUCCAAAUAAAGCAGAUAAAAAUGGCACUGAAUUAUCAGAGACAUUUGAAUCACUCUUUGGUUUCGACUCUUUUGACUCUUCAAAUUCUGAUUUCUCUCAGUCUAUGUCACCUGAUACUGGCCUUUUCCAAGACGAAAGCAAGCCAAAUUCAAGUGCUCAAGUGCCAUUGUCAUUGAUUGAGAGGUGGCUAUUUGAUGAAGGAGCUAUGCAAGGGAAAGAGUACCUUAGUGAAGUCACACUGGAUGAAAAUAAUCUCUUCUAG